UUUGCUCGCCCAGAAUAUGCUAGCUACGCAAAUCAGCUACGCAAGAUUUGUAAUAAUGACAAAAGACCUGAAGGGAAAUUCCCCAGAAAACCACCAGAUGCUUGCUUGUGGUCUCAGAUUAUGCCUUCGUAAGCACUUCUUUACUUGUUAGAAAUAUCGAAAAAUCUACUGUUGAGGAAACGUGGUAAUAGUGAUCCCUCUUGGAAAAAUGAGUGGGCAGAGUCUAAACGCUAUCUUAAAUCGUCUUACCACUGAUGUUGUUCAGCUUCGUAAAGACAAGAAAAGGGACGCCCUACUCUGUUGGGAACCUAUCGUGAAGGAAAUUUUAGAUGAAGUGAAAAGGAAGGAUCACCGAUUCCGCGCUCUUCACAUCUUUCCCACGGGAAGCUAUUAUGAAAGGGUCAAAAUAAAAGAACCCGAUGAAUUCGACCUGAUGUUGAUCAUGGAUAACUUGGAACUGGAUGACGCACCAUUUGAAGAAGAGGAUGGCUUCAGCUCGCCACCAUUCGGAUUUACCACUGUAAUGAUUGACAUGGGAGAAGAAAGACUUUGGCAGCAAGAUAGAUGGGUGAACCGACAAGGAAUGCUAAAUGCUUCACAGGUUAAAGCAGUUUUUGGGAGGCUUGUGAGAGGAGCCGUCGUGGAAAAGAGAUAUCGGAAUGUUGAUGUUAAAUCUGAGGGGCCAGCAGUGACCCUGAAAAUAACCAAACAAGGAAGGGAAUACUCAGUGGAUUUAACACUGGCAAUCAAGGAUUACACCUGGCCAGAAGAUGCAGAAGAAUGGUAAACAAGGCACAGAAAUGGUUGGCCUAAGCAAGACCUUGUGAAAGAUAUUGUGAAAGAAGGCUGUCAUCUGGUAGCUAAGCAACCAAAGGGGCAAGACAUUGCCGACCGAGACAAAGGAUUCCUGUGGCGUUACUCUUUCUCAGCAGCUGAAAAGAAGCUGUUCCUCCAGAGUGGACAAGGCGAAGCCAGUUCUUGCCGAAAGCAAGUUCUUCGAAUAGUGAAGGUUCUUCGAGAAGACCUUGACCUGAAACCAUUGAAGUCAUAUCAUCUUAAAACACUCUUGCUAUAUGACUGUGAGUCCCACCCUAAUGCCUGGGAGUGGAGCCACACUACCUUGGGUGAUCGCUUUCUAGGCCUCCUUAAGAGGUUGGAAAAUUGUCUGAAUAGAAAGCAUUGUCCCCAUUACUUUAUUGAAAAUUUAAAUUUGUUUCAAACGUUCAACUCCCAACAAUGCCAGAAAUUGGCUUAAAAUGUGAGGAUCAUUAGAUCACAGCCAAUGCAAGAGCUAAUCAUACUCAUUAAUCGAUACCAAAUGGCAUGAAAUGGAACUAAACCAGCUACACUGAUUGAAGUUGUCUUGAACAUUUUCAUCAUAGGUCAAUUUAGUGUUAUUACAUGCAAUCAUCUUGUUUUACAACUACAGCACAGAUUGGUGUAGGUUCACAACAUAUACAAUAGUAACUGUUUUGAAAGAAGAUAGCUCUAAACAGAUGUUGUGGCAAGUUUUUAAACUCUGUCAAAUGUUCUAUUUACAAAGAUUUGAAAUCAAUAAAGUUGCAGAGUAUUUGUCAUGUU